AUGAGCUUCAAAUACGUUUUGAUGGUAUUGUUGAUCACGCCGAUGCUUGCCAAGCGUUACGAUAAGACGGGAGUUUUGCUUUGUAACGGAAAACCGGCUGGAUUGUUGCCUGAUCGCCCGGUAAGUUUUAUAAAGGGUUUUUUUCAUUUUACGGUCUAUUUUUCAGUACGUCAAAGUCUGGGAGUACGACUUUGGUUUUGAAGAUGAUUAUGUUGGAAGUGCUGAAGUGUUCGCCGAUGGUUCGUUUGUUCUACAUGGAGAGACCCCGUUCGAGCUUUUUAGUUAUAAUUUCUAUGGAUACGCGUAUCACCGUUGCAGUCCCGACUAUACCUGUAUGAAAACCGAAAUUGAUUUGGAUAGUGACACGGUCGAACUCAGUGGUACUGGUGAGGAGGCUGGCGAGGACGAAUGUUUUUAUUCAUAG